AUGAGCAUUCCCUGCAUUCUUUUCUGCAUUCUCAUCCAUUUCCUGUUUUCCGAUUCUGAUGCAGUUUCCUUCAGUAUAUCUCAUUUCGACCCUGGUGCUAGCAAUAUUCUUUAUGAAGGAGAUGCCAUACCAUCCAAUGGAGCUAUUGAACUCAUCAAUCUGGUGGAUUAUACUUGUCGUGUUGGCCGUGCUACAUAUGCAGAGCGGGUGCCCUUAUGGGACCCCUCUACUGGAAUACUAACGGACUUCACGACCCGAUUUUCAUUCACCAUUGACACUCUCAAUGCUAAUAAUAAUUCUUAUGGCCAUGGCCUUGCUUUUUUCCUUGGUCCUGUGGGCUAUCAAAUUCCACCAAAUUCAGAUAAUGCAUACCUGGGCUUGGUGAACACCAGUGCUAAGGUGGCCAUGUCGAAAAUGCCAGUAGUCUUUGUUGAAUUUGAUUCCUUUGUAAACAAGGAAUGGGAUCCACCAAUGCAGCAUGUUGGGAUCAAUAGUAACUCCAUUUACUCUGCUCUCUAUGCAAGUUGGGAUGCAGGCUCAUAUAGUGGGAAGACUGCUAAUGUUUUGAUAGCUUACAAUGCUACUACCAAGAAUUUAAGUGUUUUCUGGACUUAUGAGGAAAAUCCUGUUUUCUUGAGCAACUCUUCUCUUUCUUAUCAUAUUGAUCUGAUGCAAGUUCUUCCCCCAUGGAUCACAGUUGGAUUCUCAGCAGCCACGGGCCAGUUCACUGAGCGAAACACCAUUAACUCAUGGGAGUUCACGUCAAGUUUGGUUCCAGUCCCAGAAGAUCAGAUACGAAAGAAAAAACUAAAAUUGAAGCCAUAUUGGAUAGCGGUCAUUGUAGUAGGCUGCAUUCUUUUAGCACUUGGAGUUGUGGCUUGCUUGUUUGUAAGGAACAGAAGAUUUAUAAAAGAGAAGCUAAAAGGCCGCCCUGCUGGUGCUUCUGUAAAUACUGCUCUGGAAAGAGGAGCUUUGCCAAAAAGAUUUUCAUAUGAAGUUCUUGCAAAGGCUACCAACGGCUUUGCUAGCGAUAGGAAGUUAGGUGAAGGAGGAUCUGGCCGUGUUUAUAAAGGAGCCUUGAGUGAUUUAUGCUGCCUCGUUGCUGUCAAGAAAGUUUUUGCCGAGUCAGAGAGUCUUUUCAUCAAUGAAGUAGAGGUUAUAAGCACUUUAAGGCACCGAAACCUGGUGCAAUUCCUGGGAUGGUGUCAUGAGCGAGGUGAAUUCUUACUUGUUUAUGAAUAUAUGGACAAUGGUAGCCUGUAUGACCAUCUUUUUGGUAGUAAAAGACCCCUCGAAUGGAAUUUACGCUACAAUACAAUGUUGGCCUUGGCCUCAGCUCUUAAAUAUCUUCAUGAAGAUGCAGAGGAAUGCAUUCUUCACAGGGAUAUCAAACCAGAAAAUAUAGUGUUACGUUCAGAUUUCACAGCCAAAGUUUGUGAUUUUGGGAUCGCAAAGCUCGUGGACACACAGUUGAAAACUGAAAGAACUGUUCCAGUGGGCACUCCUGGCUAUCUGGCUCCUGAAUACCAGAAAUAUGGGCGGGCGAGUAAAGAGUCAGAUAUGUUUAGCUUUGGGGUUGUGGCUUUGGAAAUUGCCAGUGGGAAGAGGAACCACAAAAAAGGUGCAACUUCGCAGUUAGUAACUGAGAUUUGGACACUCUAUAAACAAGAAAAAAUUCUUGAUGCAGCUGACAAGAGAUUAAAGAACUUCGACAGUAAAGAAAUGGAAUGCUUGAUGAUUGUGGGUUUAUGGUGCACGCACCCAACUGACAAGGAAAGGCCUUCUGCUCGACGAGUAAUUCAAUAUCUUAAUUUUGAAGCAGAACUGCCGAAGCUUCCAUCAAUGAUGCAUGACCCUGUGUUCCCUUACAACUCAGAUGUAGAUGGCAGUAAUACUCGAUGAUUACGAAAGGAGACUGCUUCCUUCCUCUAUCUUUAGAUGAAUACUACUCUUUGUUUUUAUUGUGAUAAAAUGCAAUGAUUUCAGCAUCCAGUGAGAGCUAUUUCAUUGUUAUAGCUGCCUGUU